CCACUCACUCCCAUGGCAGCAAUCAAGCAGGCAAAGCUCAGCUUCAGCAACAACACAAUUCAAUUACAGUCACAAUUAGUGAGCCAAGAAAGAAAGAAAUUAGAAACGCCAUGGCUCGUGCCAAGAACUCCUCUUCUGGCAAUGGCGAGGUGGAUGUCCAGAAGGUGGAGAAGAUCGCCCCGGUCUACAACCUCGUCACCAAGCCCUCCGUCUACGGCGCCAACCGGAGGGCGACGACGGUGAAGGCGAGGCCGGCGACCACUGCCGUCGCCGCCGGCUUCGCCGGGAGCAGCAACAGUAGGCAGCCGGCGCCGGCGCCGGCGAGCUGGCCGCAUGGAUCAGUGGUCACCAAGGAGUUCAUCAGCAAGUACAUCGAGGACAAGAAGAGGCAGUUUAAUCAAGGAGACGAAUGAGCAGUAAACUCAGAUUAAUAUUAUCAGUUGAUCGAUCAGUGCAAUAUUAUCAUGUAAUAUUUAGUAUAAAUACAGCUACAUAUCUACAUAAGAAGAUGCUCUACUUAUUAGUUAUUAUGUAUUAAUUAGAAAUGCAUAUAAUAUGUAAGUAUUCCAUGAGAGUAGAACUCAUGAAUAUGUAUAUCUAGCUUCCAGAUGGAGUUGUUUAUAAAGUAUAUUAACGAGUUAUAUAUAUGACCUGAAAUUUAUGGUUUUCAGCUAGUUAAUUGACCAGUA